GUAGUCUCCAUUCACUUCGGCCCUUGUGUAUAUCCUCUCUCUAUCUCGAGCUCGCUGCUAUAGCCUCUAACUGAUUUCUACACGGCUUGACAGCCAAUCUAUAACCAAUGGCUUCUGAAACCAAUGGAAAGACUCCAGUCAAGACAAAUGGUGACAUCCGCAGCGAUGUGCAAAUCAUCCCCCUGAAGCCCCUUGAUCAAUGGCGGCCUCUGGAAAACACUCGAUCCCUAUUGUUUCUCGUCGUGCGGGAGAAGCUCGAUGAAGAGGCGAUGCGAGAUUCUCUCGAUAGACUUAUUAGGGAACACCUGCCAGUCCUUGGAGCCCGAAUUGAGCCAAAAAAGUCUGAGCUCGAGUAUCGUCUCCCCAAGCCCUUUCCGCCAGCUUAUCUCCUAUUUGAGUGGACCAACAAUACAGUGGAAUCCUCAUUGGGGGAUACCAAUCUAUUACCGCAAGAAAGUCAAUUCGGUUCCGCUCCGUUCUUUGCUUCAUCCAACAUCCUAGAUAUGGAGAGGGAAUGGACUCCAUCCACUUGGCCCGUGGAACGCAAGUUUGAGAAGCCCGGUGCUCCCCUCCUUUUUGUACACAUCACCAAGUACACCGACAGCACGAUCGUUGCUUUGAACCUUCCACAUGCAGUUUCCGACCAACUGGGCUUCGCAAGCAUGAUAAAUGCUUGGAUGAAGCUACUUAAUGGCGAAGUUCCUCCCGAAUUUGUUGAGCUUUCACCGGAUGCGCUCGACGGCCCCCAACUCUCUGAAAAAGAACUGCGAAUGAAGGGCAGAUAUCGCAUCCUCAGUGGUAGAGAGCAGACCACGAAAAUCAUCCCAUUCAUCCCAGGAUUCAUUCGGUACUCGAAGGAGAUUCGAAAGACUCUCUUCUUGCCUGUCAACCUUGUCAAUGACCUUCGCGAGCGCUGCAUGACCAAAAUUAAGGCUAUACACGGCGAGGAAGCAGCUACACUAUCAAAUGCAGAUGUUAUUACUGCUCUCCUCGCCAAGUUCGCUUUUCUUGGCCAAAAAGGCUCGAAGAUGGUGACCCUGAGCACGAGUCUGAAUAUUCGAGGACGACAUCCUGCUCUCCCAGCAGACAAAUCGUAUCUUCACAAUGGCCUCUCAUUUGCUGUUGCACGACUCCCCGUCGCACAGACUCCUCUUGCGGAAGUGGCCUACAAGAACCGCCUUGCAGUCAACGAAGAACUCAAGUUGGAAAACAUCGAGCGCAGUUUGGCCGUUAGCAAGGAGAUGUACAAGCGGCAAUAUCAAAUCCAUGUCGUCGAGCCGCUUGAUCUCAGCUACGCAAUUACAAAUUGGUGUGGAGCGUGGCGCGAGCUUGACUUUGGUCCGGCCGUGGUGAGAACGGAGGACAGUGCGGUGGCUGCCGGUGUGAAGGGACCAGCCGUACCUCUUGUAUUUGGCCAUUCUCUUCAACGCCAUAUACCGACAAGAUUCAAUGCACAGAUCAUGUGCAAGGGAGACGGGGGGUAUUGGUGUGAUUUUACUGCUAUUCCAAAGACCAUGGCCAAGGUUGAGAGUCUUUUCAAGUCAGACGCUAAGCUAGAGAGUUUAUAGGGGACUACCUGUGUCGGCCAGUUAACCCAUUCGACGAAGGCUGCCGCAAAAUUGGCUGACCAUAAUCAGAUACGUAAUAGAUAGCACGAUAUACAAUCCCUUUUUUGAACGUG